AACAAGCAUGUUCUUAUAAGGGGAGCUUAACACCAAAGAUUAAGAAGAAAUUAGAUUUUUCCUACCAACAAUCAAGAUCAUGUGUGGCCACAUUUGUAGGUCAUAAUGAAUUUUAGGUGAAUGAUGGUACAUCAAUGUUUAUGGUCAACUUGAAUACCAGGAAGUGUGGGUGUCUAGUGUGGGAAGCAACUGGGCUACCAUGUAGUCAUGUAGCUUGUUGUAUUGCACACAAGAGGGAAAGACUUGAAGAUUAUUGUGACAGUUUUUACUCUCUUGGAAAAUAUAUGCAAGCAUAUGAGAACAUGAUACAUCCGCUUCCUAAUAUUUCAGAGUUGGCAGAUACUAAUACUAUGGGUGUGGUAAAUCCUCCACCUCCGAGAAGACAAUCAGGCAGACCCCACAAAAUUAGGAAAAGGAAGGAUGGAAAACCAGCUGCUGGAGAGUAUAGGAUGGGUUCUUCAUCAGUAAGAUGUGAUAGAUGCAAGCUUGAGGGUGGUCAUAACAAGAGAACAUGUGAGGGUGGUGCCAUUAGAAGGAAGAGGGCAUGGUCAUCAAGUAAAACUAUGCAGAAUUGAAAUGUAGUGGCCACUCAAACUGAUGCCAAUGUUUCUUAACAAACGAGAUUGCAUUAUGCAUCAACGGACCAAAUUGAUAGUGUUCAAGCAAGGAGAAGAGCAAAAAUGCCAACAACUCGGGC